UCGAUGGAUAGAGUCAGUCAAGCAACUGGUGUACAGCUUCAGGUUCUGUAAAAUCCCUCCAACUAACCUCAAAACUACCAAACAAUGAAUCCGAUCGUCGGCAAAGUGUUCCUGGUGCUGUGCGGCAGCCUGCUGGUGGCCGGUGCCCCCAACACGUGCGGCAAGCUGGACCUCAAGACGGACCCGUUCACCUGCUGCACCAUCCCGAAGCUGCUGGACGUGACGAUCGUGAGCUCGUGCUUCGAGAAGUUCCCCAUCGACAAGGACGCCGCGGACAAGGGUGCCGCCAGCAUGCCCAAGACGGAGUGCAUGUCGGAGUGCAUCCUGAACAGCACCGGCAUCUACAACCGCCGCGGUGAUGUCGAUGAGAAGAAGCUGAACAGCGUGUUCACGGACAGUCUGCCGGCGAACAGCCCGUGGCUGAACGUGGUCCGCAAGGCGAUCAAGGAGUGCACGGCCAAGGCCGACAAGAAGGACAAGGAGUUCCAGAAGGACGUGGCGGACCAGAAGAAGACCACGCCGAAGGGUACGCAGGUGUGCAAUCCGGAGGCCAGCUUCCUGGUCGACUGCAUCCACACGACCGUGUUCAGCGACUGCCCGACCAACCUGCGCUCCACCUCGACGGAGUGUGAUGCGAUCUGGAACUUCCUGAAGAACUGCCCGUUCAGUGCGCUGCGUCAGUAGAUUGAGCACUGUCGGUUGCGAUACGGCAAAAGGGUGACGGGAUUCAAAACUUUGGGAUUGUUCUAUACACUUGUAGACGACCAAAACCACGGUUAAUAAAGCGCCUUGAAACACGA